AUGCAGUUGCGAUACGCGUUCAAGCUUGGGCGUGGUUUUACCGGCCUGCAUCCCUUCGCAGGAUUCCAGGUAAUAGAGCGCUGCCCGAGUGACCUGCAGCGGGCACUCAGUACUGCGCUAGGGUUCAUCGCUCCCAAGCUCGGCGCUCGGCGCUUCUCGGUAAAGGCGCAAGACCUCGGUGCCACUGAGGAGUCGCACAGCAAACCGAAAGGCGUUGUUUGGUUUUGGGGUAACGCAGACGACGGCCGUCUCGGGGUACCGCUCUCACGAACGGAGCUGGAUCGCGACUUUGGUGCUGGGCGACGCUGUACGAGGCCCGAGGCCCUCGACAAUUUGCCGAGUUCCAUCAAACGGGUUGCGCUUGGAGCUGCGCACUCCAUCGUGCUGCUGGAGAACGGGGACGCGUAUAGCUUCGGUCUCGGGUCCGAGGGUCAGCUCGGACUGCCUUCGGAAGCGCUGGUGCCGCGUGCACCACUCCAGUCGCUGCUCACUGCAUGGUUGCACCAGCAGCAGCACCAGCAGCAGCAAGUUGGCUUCAGUCGUUGGCCAUGGCGCUGGAUGCGCUGGUCGCGUUGGACACCGCUCGCUGUUCGCUGGGCACCUCAGCAGCAGCCGCACCUUUCGGAUGUAGCGGCUGGUGCUGCCCAUUCGGUUUGGGUGUCCUCGGAUGGACACGUGUAUACGUGUGGACGUGGCACCCACGGGCAACUGGGGCAUGUGUCUACUGGACGGAGCGCUCGGGGCAUUGCAUCCGUUCCGAAAACGAUCGAACGCCCGCUGCUUGUCGAAGCAUUGGCCCGAUCAAACGUUCAUGCCGUGCAGGCAGUCUGUGGGGAUCAGUUCACACUCAUACGCGCUGCUGAUGGCAGUGUCUACGGCAGCGGCUCCAUCGAGUACGGACAACUGGGUUUAGGACAUCCUGCGACUGUGGACCAGACGCUCUCUGGUCCAGGCGGACAGCGCUUCGUGGGGACUUUUCGACGGCUGCGUGCACUGCACGGCGAACCGGUGGCAAAGCUCUUUGCUGGCUUCAACGCAGCCGGUGCAAUCCUGAAGAAGAGCGGUGAGCUCGUUGUCUGGGGCAAGUUCUCCGACAGGAUCUUCUGGGAACCGACUCCGCUGCCGUCGAUUCGAGGGCGAGUCCAAAAGGUUGCGUUCGGAUUCAACCACGUGCUGGUGCUCGUCGAGUUGGCGCCAGACGGGCUCCGUCGUCGGAUGGUCUACAGCUGGGGCAGUAACGAAAACGGUUGCUUGGGUCUGGGUUACGGGACUCAAGCCUCCCAUGCAGUGCAGUCACCGCAGCCUAUAGAAGCUUUCAUGGAUGCCCAGUCUGACGCGAGCAUCAUCGACAUUGCUGCUGGCUACCGGACGAGUUACGCGAUUCGCGUAGGCAUACAGAACAGUCACGUGGAUCUCUACAGUUGGGGCAGCGGCCUCUGUGGAGCACUCGGACUAGGCGAUCGUAUGGUACCGGAUGCUGGAGCGGGAACGAUCGAUUUCUGGGAACCUGUACAUGUCUUUCGUGCAAGCCCUGCGGAUGGAGCCGAGUUUGCGAAUUCGACCUUCCAUAUUGUAAGCGGAUUUCAGCACGCAGCAUUGUACAGCACACGGGUCUCUGAGGUAGCGUAG